AGCAACCCUUGGCCGAGUUAUGCCCGGGUUCACCUUCAGUAAGCGUCGUCCGAAAGUCUGCGUUUGUCCCGCGAAAUAAACCCACGGAGCUUAAGCUGCGACUCACAGAUGGCGCACCAAUGCUGUGGCGCGAUCAAUUCUCAACUCCCGAGCGUUUAUGGGAACGCACGGCGCUGGCGCCGGUGCCGGUUCGCGGCCCCCAAAGAGUUCGGCGCGACGCUCCCGGACCAGAGCUCCGUGCAACGGCGAUAUCUCUCGCGACGAGCGCCGAGAAGAGGAAUUUUGCAGGAGGCGCGUUUUCUCCUCGCCCUUUUUUUUUUUUUCGCCCUCCAUCUGUGAGCUCAAGUCACCCUUCAUCUCUUCAGGUGUCACGAUGCUAUCGAAUAUUGGAGAAAGCGCCUGCUGAAAGUGCCGGCGUGUGAAAAGCGUUGUGUACGCUUUUUUUUUUAAAUCUGUGUAUGUAUGCAGUGCGCGAAACUUUAAGCGCUGUCCUGCCUUGGCUCCUCGCGUGAACUCACCAGUGUGUGGCGUGGGAAAUGUCGCCAAAGUGGCUGCGGGAUGGUGCGCGGGGCCAGUGAUGCCCUGCGACGUGAAUUCGCACUGCUGAGGAUUAUCGCGCUCGUUCAAGGGAUACAUCGGAUCGUGUGAAUUCGUAGUUCUACUCUGGGCUUUUGCGUCUCGUGUCAUUUGGUUACAGCGUCCUUUUUUUAUCUGCGCUUCUGUCUGGCGCCAUUCACUGUGCGGCAUGUCGCGAGAUGCAUAUCUUGCAUGUGCACUUGGUAUUGGUUCGUGAACCGCGCUUUAGUUUCGGUUGAAAGUUUGAAAAUCAGUUCAGGCAGAAGCGUGACUGUAUAUAUCUGCCGGUCGACAUUGGACGAAGUUUGCGCGCUCGCAUAAGCAUGUAGAUUGGUAGAAAAGUGCACAAGAGGCGGCAAAAAAAGUAACUGUGUUAGUCUCCUUAUCGUGUUUCCUCGAGCAGGUGUCAUAGUUCUUAGCCCAACGGUCUCUGUGCCGGGAUGUAGCUGACGAGAGGACUGCAGAGAAGCCGCCCCACAGUGGCAGGCCCCCAUGGGGCCUAGUGCAUCGUCGUCUCGGUGUGCGGGAUGGCAUCAGCGUCUUCAGCGACGUGCGUUGUCGCCGCCUGCUGUGGAUAUCGGCCAAGCUGGACGACAACGGAUAUUCGCGGACCCACUUCCUCGAACUGGCGUCGGCGUCGACCGCGAGCGCUGAACACGGCGAACGUUGUGGUGCUGGCAGCGCUGGCGCUCGUCUUGGGCGCGCCGGAAGUGUCGUCGAUGCAUUCGAGAGGCACUUCGAAGCGCCUCGUCGCGCGCGAAGGCCACCAGACGGAGUUGCCGUGCGACCUGCGCGACGCCCUGUCAAAUGACUCGCUCGCUUUCGUGCACUGGUACCACGCCCCCGAGCGCGAGCUUCACAGCGGCUCCCCCGGCGCUGCCUCCUCGCUGGGAUACGGUUUCCGUGCAGCCAUGGCCAGCCGCGAGCCCAUCUACACGGUGGAUUUCGGGCCGGACCCGGCGCUCAGCAGGGAGACAACUGUCGGAGCCGCGGGUGGCAACGGUGCCGCGGGAGGAAGCGCGGGUGGACGAGGGAAUAACUUGCUGCAGGUGAGCCGCUCAGCAGGACAAGGAUGGGUGGGGCGUGCCUACUUUUCCAUCAUCGGCCACCCGGCCAGUCUCAAGGUCAACAGUGUACGCUUCGAGGACGCCGGUAUGUACACGUGCACGGCAGUGUACCGGGACGGCGCCCGCAGGAACUCGACGGUGCGGCUUCAUGUCGUCGCACCGCCUGAGCCGCCAGUGAUACGAGACGGUGAAGGCAACGAACUUCGAGGGACGAUUGGUCCGUUCAAUGAGGGCAGCACUCUGGCGUUGGUGUGCGUCGUCUAUGGCGGAAAACCCAAGCCAACACUUGUGUGGAGCGGCAUGCCGGACGGGAUGAUGGCCGAGGUGCGCCCCUCGUCCGAAGCACAGCUCACCACCUCGACGCUUCUCAUUCACUCGUUGAGGAGGGAGGACCUGCGUUCGACGCUCUACUGCACAGCGUUCAACAACAUAUCGUCGCCAGCCGACACAUCCGUCACGCUGGACCUCAACCUGCGUCCCACAUCGGUGAAGAUCAGGCGUACCGAGAUCCCAAUCUCGGCAGGCCUGCCAGCCGAGAUUGCCUGUGAAGUGUGGGGCUCUAGGCCCCCGCCUGUGGUCACCUGGUGGAAGGGUCUGAGUGAGCUCAAUCACACAUUCGUCUACCUGUCGACGGACGGCAAUAUGACCACGAGCGUGGUGUCUUUUACCCCCUCGAGAGACGACCAUGGCUCCAGCCUCGCCUGCCGCGCCAAGAACCCGACCAUGACGGAGAGCGUGGAGGAGGACACGUGGACCAUGGAUAUCCAGUACAAACCGAAGAUAUCGCUCCAGCUGGGCACCAAGCUAAGCCUGGACAACAUCCAGGAGAACAACGACGUGUACCUGGAGUGUCGCGUGGAUGCCAAUCCUCCGGUAGACGAAGUGGCCUGGCAGUUCAACGCGCAAGAGCUGCAGGCCUCGGAGAACGUGCUCGUCUCCAAGAACUUCUUGGUCAUCCAGCGAGUGCAGACGCUCCACUCGGGCCUGUACUCGUGCAGCGCUGCGAAUGCCGAAGGUCGGACGCAGGGCGAGACGCUCCAGCUGCGCGUUCAGCACGCCCCCUUGUGCAAGGCCAACCAGCACGUGGUGUAUGCCGCGUCACGGCACCAGGAGGUCGAGGUGCAUUGCGAGGUCGAGGCAGACCCGAGCAAUGUGACGUUCGAGUGGCGCUUCAACAGCACGCUCCAACAGCGGCCCCUCAAGAGCUUCUGGGCGGAGGGCACGCACAGCGUCGCCCGAUACAUCCCUCACAGCCACACAGAGUACGGGACCCUACUUUGCACGGCGUUCAACCGCAUUGGAAAGCAGCGACAGCCGUGCGUCUUUCAUGUCGUCCAAGCAGCAGGUCCUCCGGGGCCCGUAGAGAACUGCUCCAUCACAAACCAGACCGAGGGAUCGCUACACCUUGAGUGCCAGGCGGGCUCGGACGGACACCUGCCGGCCCACUUCGUGCUCUCCGUGCAUGAUGUGCUGACAGCCACUGUGUCUGCUAACUUCACUGCCGACAAACCAGACUUUUGGGUUCACGACCUCCUUCCCGGCGUAGAGUAUUUCCUGGUUGUAUCAGCUGUGAAUGAGCGCGGCCGCAGCCCCGAGCUCACCAUUCUGCCACCUAUCAUGCCUCUAGUAGGGAAGCUCACCAAGUCGGGCAGCGCGGCGAAAAUCUACUCGAACGUCUUGCUCCUCGCGGUGGUCGUGGGUGUGGCCCUACUCUGCCUGUUGCCACUCAUCGUGCUUGCGGUGGUGAAGCUGAGAAGAAGUGAUUUCUUCAACAAGCGUCGAGCGGCCAAGAAAGACGCUACGGAGACAGACGCUUGCCCAUCUACAACGACCGCAAGUACGCAAGAGGCCAUGCAGCUGCAAAUUUCCUCCGUUUACCCGAAGGAAGACAACCAAGUUUGGAUCGUCAAGAAGAGCACCGGCCUAUGAGCAAGGGGCGCACUGCAGCCGCACUGUCCCCAGCCUGCAAAUUGACGCAAUAGAACGCCAGCAGGAGGCAGGCACACCGGAGUGCCAUAUCUCGCCUGAUUGUUCGCUUUCAUUGACACUCUUUCAUCGCUGCAUAAGAAGAAAUCAGCACCUGUAAAGUCUGUGUCUCCAAAAAUGAAAUGAAGAAGCUCCAAGUUACCGGCUGCGCUCAUCGAAUCAUUCGCCUGAGCAAGCUUCUUUUCUUGGUUAUUUCAUUUUUUAAAUAUUUUUUUAUCGAGUUGUGAGACAAACAUGAACAUUAGACCGCGUUACGGACGUGCUGACCACGUGUUAUGAACGGCCUGAACGGCGCGAGUGAUGACUUACGAUCAGUAAAAGUGGACAUGUUGGAAAGCUGAUGCUAUUGUGUAUGGUCACUCUACACGCCCUUCUUUAUUUGAAUCUUCCUUCCCGUGUGUCCUUUUCUGCAAUCAACUGAAUUAACAAGUGGAAACGGUGCCCUGCCAAAGAGGCGCGGCCCCUGCUCAAGUGUGUGUGUGUGUGUGUGUGCCGCGAGAAAACUGGAAAAAAUUGGGCAGUGCUGCAAAGAUUCGCCUACGAGUGCUGUUUCAGACACGGUAGCUUGUGCAUUCCCAUGUCGUCGGAAAUAGAUGUGCUCGUCCUUGAAAAUUCAGAGACUCGGACACGCGGAAGCUUUCCUGCUGAACGACUGACAAUUUGUUCGUACAUACCUGUGUCAUCAACCACAAGUGACACGGACACAUCGAUACUCAUAGAGACUUGCGGCGUGUCGUACAAGCUCGCAUUGCCAUACCGUAAAGCAGAAGACAGAAUAAAUGCUUCAUAAUGUGCGCUGCUCACUGAAAAAUGUGUCGUGUACACAAACUAUGAUGGAAGAGUCUGAAGCGAGCAAGCGAAGAAAAAAAGCGUAAUCGUAAGAUUUGGAGCAUAAAGGCAGUAUAUUAUUGAAGCCGUCAAAAGUGGUACAGUCAACUGAAAGGAAACGUCUGCCACGAACAACAAAGGUCGUCGCCUGUGCCGUAUGGCUAAUGAUCGACGCUUAAAAAAUGGUCCGAGAAAUGUUAUUUUUAUAUGCCUGCGGUCUGUACCCUCGCCAAUCUCCUAGCGUCUGUGAAGCUCGCCAGACUAUUUUGCCUGAUCACAGCAGGCGACUAAAUUUCCAUGUGCCCCUUCUUUCCUCACCAGUGUGCGGACAAGUGUGUUGAUAUUUGCCGUUGAGACAUGGACGUUGCCGUCACUCUCAUCACCACGUUAUAGUUAUCGUUACAUGAGCGCGCUUAUCGUUAGAUUUUGCCCGUGAUGUGAAACCUUUAAAAACCAAGGAACGCGUCAGGAAUGUAGGAAGUUGAACGCGAGAAGGAAAAUAAAGAAAAUCUGCACAUGUGUCCAGCAACCCAUGUGUGUCGUUUUGACGUGAGUUCGGUUGCUUAUUGUGCUGGACAGACGCGUAUUUAAUCUAUAUUAUAUUUAUACGCAGAAUGUGCCACACAUGUUCGUUCUCACCUCCCUACCUUUAUGUUUGGUUUCAUGUUGAAAUCGUUGACAAUAAAGUGCAAGUUGACUUUCAGAUUGCCA